UCUUUGGUCCCCCCCCCCCCCGAUUGCCAUCCACACCUCAUCGCAGAGAACAUGGCUGAAUACCGCGAAGUAAAGACGUAUGACAUCCCGGCCCGCCUCAAGGGCAAGGGAACAGGAUCUCAUGACCGCCCUAAGCCUCACAUCGACGAGGCGACGUACAAGAGCAACUACCAGGCCUCGAUCACCAAGAUCGAUGAGUUCUGGGGCAAGCUCGGACGUGAGACUAUCGACUGGGACGUGCCCUUCAAGACGGUGCGACAUGGUGGCUUCGAGAAGGGAGACGUAGCCUGGUUCCCUGAGGGACAGCUCAACGCCUCGUACAACUGUGUCGAUCGUUGGGCCUUUAGGCACCCGGACAAGACUGCCAUCAUCUGGGAAGCCGAUGAGCCUGGACAGGGCAAGGAGAUCUCUUACAAGGAGCUCCUCGCCGAAGUCUGCCAAGUCGCCAACGCCCUGACCAACAUGGGCGUCCGCAAGGGAGAUGCCGUCAUUGUUUACCUGCCCAUGAUUCCAGAGGCUGCUGUUGCCCUCCUUGCCUGCGCUCGUAUCGGAGCAGUCCACUCUGUCGUCUUUGCAGGCUUCUCCGCCGACUCCCUGCGCGACCGAGCCGUCGACUGCGAUGCCCGCGUCGUCAUCACCACCGACGAGGGCAAGCGCGGUGGACGCACCAUCGCUACCAAGUCCAUCGUCGAUGCAGCCCUCAAGGAGUGCCCCAAGGUCGAGCACUGCCUCGUCGUCAAGCGAACUGGCUCUGACGUCCCCAUGCAAGAAGGUCGCGACAAGUGGUGGCACGACGCUGCUGCCGCCGAGCGCGCCUACUGCUCGCCUGUCCCCGUUCAGUCGGAGGACCCCUUGUUCAUCCUCUACACCUCGGGCUCCACGGGAAAGCCCAAGGGUGUCGUCCACUCCACCGCCGGCUACCUGCUUGGCACGGCGCUCACUGUCAAGCACAUCUUUGACGUCCACGAGAACGACCGAUUCGCGUGCAUGGCCGACGUGGGCUGGAUCACGGGCCACUCGUACAUCGUCUACGGCCCCUUGAUGAACGGCGUCACCACGCUCAUUUUCGAGUCCACGCCCGUCUACCCGACCGCAUCCCGCUACUGGGAGGUCGUCGCGCAACACAAGCUCACCCAGUUCUACACGGCCCCCACCUCGAUCCGCCUGCUGCGUCGCCUGGGCGAGGAGCACGUCAAGGGUCACGACCUCACCUCGCUGCGCGUCAUCGGCACCGUCGGCGAACCCAUCAACCCCGAAGCGUGGGACUGGUACAACGAGAACGUCGGGCACGGUGAAUGUGCUGUGGUCGACACCUACUGGCAGACAGAGACUGGCGCGCACAUGAUCUCCCCCUUCCCCGGCGCGACCAAGACGAAGCCUGGCUCCGCAACGGUCCCCUUCUGGGGCGUGGAGCCCGUCCUCCUCGACCCGCAGUCGGGCAAGCUCAUCGAGGGCAAUGAAGUCGAGGGUGUCCUCGCCAUCAAGCAGCCCUGGCCCUCUAUGGCCCGCACGAUCAAGGGCGACCACCAACGCUUCCUCGACGUGUACCUCAAACCCUACCCCGGGUACUACUUCACGGGCGACGGUGCAGCGAGGGACAAGGAUGGGUACAUCUGGAUCAAGGGACGUGUCGAUGAUGUGUGCAACGUCUCGGGACACCGCAUCGGUACGGCGGAGAUUGAGAGUGCCCUCAUUCAACACCCGGGCGUGUCCGAGAGCGCUGUGGUGGGCAUUGCCGACGAAGUCACUGGACAGGCUAUCUGCGCGUACGUGGCCCUGAAGCCGUCCUUCAGCUACGACUCACACGAGGCGCUCGUCAAGGAGCUGGUGCUGCAGGUUCGCAGGAACAUCGGUCCAUUUGCUGCUCCCAAGAAGAUUCUCGUCGUCAAGGAUCUCCCUAAGACGAGAAGUGGUAAGAUCAUGAGGCGCAUCCUUCGCAAGGUCGCUUCUAAUGAGGCAGAUCAGCUCGGAGACGUGUCAUCGCUGGCAGACCCCAGUGUUGUCGACGGGAUUAUUGAAGUCUGGAACAAGGAUCAGGCAAAGAAAUAGGCUGCUUGUCCUCCCUUGUCCUCCCUUGUCCUCCCUUGUCCUCCCUUGUCCUCUCUUGUCCUUCUCGUCUCUAUCUCUCCCCUGGAUGCUGGUAAUCGAAUACUUGAUCAGUAGUGUAUCGCCC